AUGUUUUCCAGCAGAGUCCAUGCAGCCCCUUCAUGUUCUGGCAUCAAAGCUCGUCGCCGCCGCAAGACUUCCAAGGAGGAGCGAGUCUGCGCGGUCUGUGGACAGGCAUUUAAGAAGGCGGAACAUUUAGCCCGACAUCUAAGGUCACACACGAAAGAAAAGCCGUUCAGCUGUACUGUAUGCAGCAAGGCAUUUGCUAGACAGUACUUCAUUCAUCCCUGCCUCUCCCGGAUAUUCCAAUGCUCAUGCUGUGACAGAGACACUCUCCUACGCCACUCGCGAUCCCAUGCGACAGGUCGAGAGGACGGCGAAAAGCACGCGGUUUCUCUUGAACCCGAAAGUCAUGGGUGUCUUGAUCCCGAACUCAUGUCACAAAUAUCGAUUGCGACGGGUGUUCCGACCAUUCCAAUUCAUCCCGAAAUGACAAUGCCGGACGACAUGAUCUCGCCACCAAGCAGCGCCUCCAUUGACAAGCGCACGCCGGAUUUCUCGAUCAGCGAGCACAGCUACCAUUCACAGAUGACUCCCCUGGCUUCAUUUUUCUCUUUAGAGGCCACCGAUUCCUGGAGAAACCAGGAAUGUCCACCACCUCCGCUAUGGGAUUCCCGACUGGAUCAGGAAUGGGAGACACUUUUGACCGGCGAUGACUUCGAUUUGAACGCUGUGAAUAUGUCUCUACUUUCUGCGUCAUCGCAAUACAUACCUGCGGCGGAAUUCCCAUUCGAUCUAAAUACCACGACUUCCCAACCUUUACCGGUCGACCAGCAAGCAAAGCCGCAUAGCAACACAGUUCAAAGGAAAUGGCAUACAUUCUGUGAAAUGUCAUCCUCGGGUCAAAUGACACCUGAUGUGCCAAACGAGGAGAAUUAUAUCGAUGAGACCUACCGUAAACGAUUGGCAGAUCGACUACAGCAGCCUGUGCAGACAGGGAUACUGCCCUCUACUCCUUUUCUAGUAUGGUUCCCGCCUCAGCAAUCAUUUACCUAG